CUGUCAAACGUGUAUGUUUUUGCGGUAUGGAAAUAUAUACGCAAUUUAAACAAAAUGGGUAUUUCACAGCGGAUCUCUAUCAUUUAUUGUUUAAGAAGAAGAUUGUGGACACAGAAGAAGUGAUAAUCCCGUCCGAAUAUGCUAAGGAAAUUAAACUCAGUACCCAGGAGCGAUUGCAAACCCUUCACAAAGUAGAAGUGGACAACAUAGUCACCGUGGGCGCUAAACACAACCCAGCCAGUGUAAUCUUAGAGUUCACGCCGAAGCUCCUCGUAUUUCAGAAUUUUAAACCAAAUGAAAAAGUCACUACGAAGUUUUCCGUUACGAAUAUUAGCAAGGCUUCCACACACUUGAACAUGAUAUACAAGGAGUCUUCGUUGAUCUCCGUGAAGCCGGCAGGCGGGAAGCUGCUGUCGCGGCUGGCGCCCGGCAUCAGCGUGACCUUUAACGUCAUCUUCCGACCCGACACGUUCACAGACUUUGCGCACAAGGUCACAUUUAGCACCGAUAAGGACCAGUAUGUGUUGCCUAUUUUUGCUAUGGGUCCUAGGCCUGUGUUUGAUUUUCCUGAUGAAAUUACCAUACCAGCAGCGCCUUUAAAAGUUCAAAAUCAUGUCAUUGUGUUGGUACAAAACAUUGGUUUGACGUCAGCUGGCUUCAAGUUGGACACGAAAUGUCCAUUUUCACUUGAACCAAGAUCAGUUUAUUUAAAUCCAGACGAAAAUGUUGAAAUAAAGGCAAUUGUUAAAACAAUGCGCCAAGGACACAUAGAAGGCACGUUAUUCGCAUUGUUUGAAACCGGCGAAAUAUUUAAAAUAAGACUUAUCGGAUCAACAUUUCUGGUCAGCAUUCAACUUGAAAAGCAGGUGGUCAGGUUUUUAGAAACAUACAAGACGAUGGUGCGGCAGCAAACCUUUAAGAUCACCAACAAAUCUGAACACCUUCUCACCUACAUGUGCAUGAAAAAUGAAGAUGUCAUACAAGAUUUUGACGAGAAAGUGAAACUAGCACAUAUACUUUACGAAUUUAAAAGAAACGAAUCAGCGAAGUGCCAAAAACUCGUAUACUACGAUGUUUUAAACAGUGACGAACAUGACCGUGUGUAUACUCGGAUAUUCUUUGACCAGAUACAUUCUCUCGUAGCCGAUGAAACGUUACAUUUCCAGGAUACCCAUUUUUCUAUUACACCCAUUCAAGGAAAACUAUGGCCAAAUAAAUCGACAGAACUGACGAUAACUUUCAACCCGCAAGCAAUAGGCGAGUUUAGAGCUGUAGCCUACUUGGACAUGGACGGCACACCAGAUCGCAUGCCGCUUUCUAUGGUCGGGACCUCUUUGCCUCCGGAAAUCGUUCUCAAUUUGGAAACCUUGGAUAUGGAUCGUGUUUAUAUAAACAAGAAGUACAACUUUGAAAUACUUGCGAUAAAUAAAGGUCACAUAAACGGUGUGAUAGUAUACCAGGACACGCCGACACUGUUCGGCAGCCACGUGACGUGCUCGCCGGCACUGCGUUGCCUGCGUCCCGGUGAACAGGACAUCUUCGUCAUCUCCUUCAGCAAUUCAAACCAGGGACCGUACUUUGAGGAAGUCAACUUCCUCAUACGCGAUACGGAGGUGGUGUUGAAAUUAUAUUUGAAAGGAGAAGUGAUUUACCCGUCUGUAAGGUUUAGUAUACCAAGUUUGGACUUUGGGACUGUGAGCCUUGGAGUACCGACAACCUUAGAAUUUGACGUUAUAAAUGAAUCAAUUGUGGAUGUGAGUGCAUCAGUAAAAAUUUCAUCGGAUGGUCCGGAAGUGAGCAGUAUAAUGUUGGUUGACUACGCUUUGGCGGAAAUACCAAAGCCAGAAAUUCCUCAAUGGCCGAGAGAAUUUGACAUACAGCCGGCAAAAAUUUAUUUGGGGCCUGAAUCCAGGAUUUCUCUAAGGGUAACAUUAACUGCAAAUUUGAUACGAGCAAAUCAGACAUCUCUCGAAUUGGAGCUAGAGAAAUCGGACAGUCCUCCAAUUAUUUUACCAGUGACUUUCGACGCGAGAGUUCCCGAGAUCACUCCCGCGCCAGAUAUCAAUCUACGCGCAUGUUUUUUGGAUUUUCCUUAUCAAUAUGAAAUACAAGUUCAAGCGAACGAGAUAAAAGGAUACUACACUCUUUUAGAGCAGGAAGAAGAGACGACGUUACAAGUCAUAGUCGGUAAUAAAGAAGGAUUUAUAAAGCCUCAUAGUGUUAUUACAUUUCCAGUUACUAUAAGAACAUGCGCUCUUGGUGUUCAAGAGUAUAUGAUCAGGAUAAAUCUGUUCGGAUUGUCAAAGCCCGUGGACAUAUGCCACGUUUUAGAGUGCGGAGUCCGGCCGAUCGUCACCUGCACUCCUAUGGCUCUGCAUUGGGGUCAGGUGAAGUUACUCAGCAGAACGCGGAAGACUUUAACUCUGACCAAUGAUUCGCCGGUCGUCGUGCACUACAGAGCUUCGGUGUUAAACCGCGACGGCAGAUGGCAGAUCCAGCCCAGCGAGGGGCAGAUCGAGCCCGAGAGCGAAACAGAUUUAUGUCUCACGCUUUAUCUGGUCGAUGCUGACACGUAUGUUAACAAGGCUGUGGUUCAGCUGGAAAGAGUUAAAGACAUUCUUAUCCCCCUGUCAGCCACUGGAGCGGGAACAAGCAUUGUAGUUGGUGAGCUACGUGAUCGAGUAAUUCUUGGGCGACAUUUUACGAAUUUUCCUCUAAACUUUAAGGUAGACAUGGAAAAUAAAGGAACGCGAAUGCAUGCUUUAGAAUGGAGCGAACAUUACAAAGCACCCAAGACGCAACCGCUAACUGCUGGUUUCUUUAACCUGGAACCUAGAGUUUUCAAAAUGGCAGCUGGAGAAAAAAUGGAAUUAACAAUAACAGGCGUUUCUCAUAAAGUAACGACUGUUAAGGAAAUGUGGUACUUAGUAGGCAGCGUGGAAGGCAUAAAUAAAAAAGAACUUUUAUUGGAGUGUGAAAUUAUUGCCGAAUUUGUGGAUCCUAAAAUAGAAGUGUCGACAUCACUCUUAGAGUUACAAUAUGAUUUUGGACCAUACAGCGAGUACUAUAAAUUAACUGAAAUAGUAACAAUUAAAAAUGUAUCUAAAUUACCUUUGGAUAUAGAUAUAAAUGUUAAACCUCCCUUUGUAAUUAUCAAAAAGAAGAGUACGUAUAAGGUUGCGCAGGAGGAUGCAAACAUGUGUGCCUGCAUCUGUUAUCGAGAGAGUGAUUUAGAUGUAGCCAAUAUCCUCAAACUUGGAGCCAAGCAAUCAAAAAUAUUCAUAGACUAUUUGACAUUAAAACCAGUUGAACCAUUAAGAAAGGGGGCGCUGAACUUUUUUCAAGAUAUAAAUAAAAUUAAAAUGGCAUUUAAUUUAACCCAAAAUGUUGAAGAGCGACUAGAAGAUCAAGAAGUUAUGAAAUUACAGAUUUUGUUUGAUACUACAAAACACAUGAAUUUGAAAUCUAGAAUCUAUAGUGAUUCCAUGAGAAUUCAGUUCAAAGGGCAUAAAAAUAAGGAUGCUGUUAAAAUAAUUGGAAGAAUAAAUUUUCCCAAUAUAUUAGUUAUCUCGCCACGGAUAGACUUUCAAUGCAUUGUAAAUAGCAGCAUCGAAAGCAAAACAAUACAACUUCAAAACCUUACACCGCUGCUAGUUUGUUUCAGAUUCCAAUGGAAAAAGUGUGUCAUUAGUAGUAAUGUCAUGCCUGAAAUACCUGAAUUGCAGUUACCAUGUAAAGAUGGCGAUAUCAAUACUUCAUCAUAUUAUGAGACAGAUACGGGGUUUACAAAACCAGGAGAUAAACUAAAAGAGAUAAUGGGUGCGGGAUAUCGCGCUCCAUUUCACUCUCCAAAUAGUCCAAAUGAUACAUUGGAAAAAUCCGACCAAAAGGCAUCUGCUUUAACAUCAAACGUUCCGUUCAGUGAUGAAAGUGCUUUUAUUCCUGAAUCCGGAGAUGUGAAUAUACCAAGAACCAAAAUAAUUCGAAAAAUCGCUCCAAUGAUACCUUUUCAAUACGAUAUGAAAUUUCCUUGGAUUUGGAAAUUCCGUAAAUUAGAACAUGGCAAUAAAAUAGACACAAACCAAUUACUAAGAGUCACGCCAUUUAAAGGACUGAUGAAACCCAAUGAUUGCCAAAAUAUUCACAUCAUAUUUAAUCCAAGUUGGAAUGUAAAUGUUAAAGCUGUACUGGAAUGCGAAGUAUUAGGAGGACCAUCGGAGUUUAUUAGCGUCACAGGCCAAAGUUCAGAGAUAAAAUACAAUAUCAAUACUCAUAAGUUGAAUUUCAAAAUCCGAUCUUUCCAUGACAAUGAAACUGAGUUAUUGAUUUUAACUAAUACUGCAAGAUUGGUUUUUGAAUAUAAGACGUAUUUGAAUGAACCAAAGUUCGAGACUGAGCUCAACGGUACGAUACUGGAUCUGUUGCCUUCAGAAAGUACCUUACAACCAGAGGAGAAGAUAGAGAUACAGGUUGUGGUACGACCUGGUGUGCUAGGUUACUUUCACAGUGUUUUUUUGUUGGAGGUAGGGCAUCUACCACACAUCCCCAUUGAAGUUUUUGGUUGGGGAGUAAUUCCUCAGGUGUAUCUUUCCUUACCGAGGCCAGAAAUUGUGAAUCUACAACCUGAAACAGGUUAUUUAGCCAUCCCAACUUUGACUGAGGAAUACUUAGGGGCUGUAAGCGAAAUAUUUAGUCUCGCCAAUAAAGAUCACGUAAAUACACCUAUGACGGACGGCUGUUUUAACGAUGCUGAUUUACAACGCGAUUGGCACAUUUGCUCGGAUUGGGAUGGUUAUCCUUCGAAUAUGGAUAUUGAUUUAGCAAUUGAGAGAAUGCUGGUGAUAGAGCAUAUUAAAUUGCGCCCAGAAAUUUUAGUGGCAUAUUCCACAAAAACAAAGAUAGGUCCUAUUCCUGGAUUUCUAACAACACCGUAUGUCGUCGAUUUCGGAGUUGUUAUUACGGGUAGCACGGUUCAAUGCGUCGUAGAAGUAAUCAAUUACGGCCCAAUUGUCACGAAGCUGCAUUUAGCCAAGCCCAUAAACUUGCCAAGUUGGCUGGGAUUGAAGUUGUGCGGCAAGUUGAACCCGGGCGAGAGUGGUAAAAUGGAAGUCACUUUCUCACCCAACCUAGAAGAUUUCUAUGAAUUGGAACAAGAUGUUGAAAACACUUUCAAAAUAGAGGUACCUUAUGGAAUCACAAUUCCUGUUAAAGUGAAAGCACUUUGUGCUGUGCCUUACCUGGCAUCAAACGUCGAGGCCAUAGACUUCGGCUCAGUGAGAUGUGGAGACAAAAUAAUAAAUACAAUAUCUUUAAAAAAUGUGGGCAAACCAACAUGUAUAUGGUACGUCACAUUGAAACUUAAAGUUCAAGGACAUAAUCCUAUGACGGUGCUGGAUAAUUCUGGAAAAUUUGAGCCCGGUGAGGGUGGAUGGCUCAGCAUUGCUUUUAAACCAGUCACGGAAAUGGUUUAUGAAGGCAUGUUAUUAUUUCGGUUCCACAUGAAUCCCAGGAAAAUGGCAAUACCAGUAAGAGGGGUUGGCAUUAUACCUCAAGUCCAUGUCAUCGGAGGAAACGUUGCUUUUCCUCCAACACUGCCGUGGGCAGAAACAACUGACAAUUACUUCGGCUUAACUAACCCCUGCCCCUUUCCUAUAGAACUUAUAUUCGCACAUAGCGAUCAAAUCUGGACUGAAGAGGAAGAAAUCUAUCAAUUAUUAUAUAAAUACUACAACAAACCGGAAGAAAUGCUUGUUCCUGCAAUAACGCCUGGCGCUGGCAUGCACCAUGAAAUAGUUAACUUCUAUAAGCAUUUUAAAGAACGCGUUAAAAAGCAAAUGGAGGCGGAAGCAGCUGCUAGAGGAAAAUCACCAUCAACUACGACUAAAAAGGGCCCUAAAACGCCUAAAACUGGAAAACAAAUAGCAUCGUCCAAAACGGCCACAGAAAUUGUUCAAAGAAAAUUUAGAUCUGAAGCCGAAAUAAUAGCAGAUGAAAUAAAAGCAUUAAAAGAUGACGGCAGAGAUCCACUUAAAGAAUGCUUGGAUGCAUUUGAUCAUCAUAGUUCUAGUAACGAACACGAAGUACAAUCCAAAGGACUCAUUGUUUUUGUUCAUGGUUCUCCGGGUGAAGAAUUACAAUCACAAGAAAUGGCAUACACGAUUGGUAUGAGAUUAGGCAUACCGACAGUUAACAUUGAUAUGUGUAUGGUAGAAGCAUUAUGCUGUCUCGAUACUGAAGCCAAAGUAAUAAUAAAGAGUGCGAUGGAAGAAGCAUAUGAAAUAUACAAAAGAAGUAUCGCGAGAGAUGAUGAAGUAGAAAACGAACAUCCUGAAGAAUUAGGCGGUGAAACAGAAGAUGAGUUUGAUGUGGUUUUAACAAAGCUUCAAGCCUUAGCGAACAGUAAAAACAUGACUACACCUCGGUCAAAGGCUGGCGAUAAAAAAAAGAAAGAGAAAGAGAGCAAUGUAGUGGAAGCAAUGGGAUCUACGACGAUGUUUCAACAGGACUUGACACAAGAACUACUGAUAGACUUCUUUGCUCAGCCAAAAUUCAAUCGUGGGUUUGUCGUAGACUCAUUAACGAGUUUUACAUUCAACCAGCCAGCGAUAGCGCUUACAGCAAUUAUUAAAAGCAAGCACUGCAUACAGAACAUACACUUGAUACUGUGUCAAUCAGAAUUUAACAAUUGGGCGCAAGCAUAUGAAGAAGCUCAACGUGAAAACGAAUUGUUAGAAGAACCAGUGGAAAAAGUGUACGAGGAGGCGGAAAUAGUUGAGAUCGUAAAAGAAAUUGAUGAAAUGGAUGGUGACGAUUUUGAAAACUUAACUCCGGAAUUUAAAUCUCUAUAUGUCACUCAUGGUUUGGAUACAAGAAGGAAAAAGUUUUUAGAGAAGACUGGGUUUGCCAGACAUGAAGUGAAAACAGACGGCAGUACUAAAGAGUCGGCACUUCUGGUAAAAAGUUCAGUUGAACAGAAAAAGACAAAAAAAGAGGAAAAGGCUGGGAAAAAUACAAGUGAAUACAUGGAAAUGCUUGUGAAAUACAACGAGUAUUACAAAUUUACAUAUGAUAGCUUGAUUACUAUUGCCAAUAAUUGGGUAUUCGAAGAAAGUGCCGUUGGAUUUCCAUUGUACGCUUUAAACGGUCAAAUAUUGGGUAAUGUGCAGAAAAAACCAAAGACGAAGUCGGAAACACAUGUACUGUCUACUGAUGAGAACGAAGCUCAAAGAGGAUUUCCAUUAACUCUGAUAAUGUGCCCCUGUCUACAUUACAAAGAAGCAUUGGUGAACAUGUUUAUAAAUACUCCUGCGAUGCGUGAAGCAUUGAGGGAUGGGGAUAGCGACGCCGAAGACAUUCUUCAAAGCUCAAUGAAAAGGAAAGAAUUUACAGUGCUGCUACCAAAAACAAUGCCUUACAUUCAUCAUGAACUGCCUCUGAAGUGGUGCUUUUUGGACGAAUUACCGGUCAAAAAAUGUGAAUGUAAUCAAAUUACUGACUUAAACCUUUUGGAUGAUACGACUCAAGAUAAUGUUAUAAAUGUCUUGUCAAAAUGGCACUGUAUGUGUGGUAAAAAGAUGACAUCAUCUUCGACUUCGACUAGUGCAUUUCCCGGUCCGGUUGCGACACUUGAAAACUUAAGUAUGGAAAAAAGUGAAGAGUCAUACUACCCUAGCCCACUGCCACUGCAUAGCUUGAAAACCGUUCCAGCAUCCGCUAAACGCAUUGUAUUGGGGCCAGGAGAUCUGGUGCGGUGCAAGUACUCCUUUAGCCCGCAAUGGGAAGGCCACUUCAGCGUGAAACGGUUCGUGGAGGUCAGCGGGUGGCCGGAGUCGAAGGUUGAUAUUCACGUUACUGGCAUUUGCGACUUGCCGAGAAUAGAUAGCAGACCCAAGAAAAUGUUUGCAAAUUUUGUUAGAAGAGCAAACUUUGAAGACAACGUGUAUAAAAUCACGUAUUUAGAUGACCUUGACUUAUUUGAGUUCGGACCAAUUUUUGUUGGACAAAACAGAAUAUAUGAAGAAGAAUACACAAUUGAUUUAAAGAAUUCUUCAUUGAUCACUGCGGACAUUGUAAUUGAAUUUGCUGAACAGACCAACGUUUUCGAUCUGGACAAAACUUUUAUAAGUCUCGAACCCGGCUGCCGCGGAAAGCUAACAGUCACUGCAGCUCCGUCGGAAGUGGGUGUUCAUCAGAGCGUGCUGCUCUUCUGUGUCAAGGACAACCCUGAGAUCGUCACAGUGAUCAUCCAGUGCAGCGGCGUCGUUCCCAUCUUGGAGAUAUUGCCGUUGACUAAGAAUAUUGAUUACGGGAAGCUUUUAUUAUAUCGGCGAGAAGAUGAUAGAUUUAUUGUUAAAAAUGACUCAAUUUUGCCAAUAAUGUGGAAAGUGCGAAAUGCUGAAGAGUUUGCAGAAGACUUCAUAAUUUCUCAUACAUCCGGGAUCGUGCCCAGAUAUGACAACCAAGUGGUUCCAGUAACAUACAUCGCGUGUAGAGUCGGUGUUAUUUCACACAAGAUAUUGAUCAUAGACAUAUACGACGCGGAGGGACGCGGCAACCCCAUGGUGAUUGACCAGUUACAACUGUCGGCGGAAUGCUACGACGUCAUGGUGGAGUGCGCCUACGAGAACCCGGCCGACACUUGCCUCGACUACGGCAACGUCAAAGUUAACUCCACCUACUCUAAAAUGAUGUUUUUACUCAAUCGCGGCAAAUAUAAUAUUUACUAUAAGUUGAAGAAAGUGAAGAAUUUCCCAGAGCCGUCUCUACUAAGAUCCUUCGAAGUUGUCCAAGAAUGCGGGAUGAUCCCCGUGAAUAUGAAGUUAGUGGCUAUCGAGUUCACGUGCACGCCCACCACGUCCAUGAACCUGGUGAACGUGCCGGUCUACACGUGCUCGUUGCUCGACGGCUCCAAGAAACAAGUCGUGGUCGCCAAGUUCCCUGUUUGCAUCACUCUUGCAUCUUUCUAUAAUACAUUUACUCUUUUUCCAUUGGGCGAGCUUAAUUUCAACAUUAUCCCUAUUGGCACUGCGAUUAUGAAGGACGUCAUAUUAAAUAACACUAGUAAAUGUCCAGUUACGUAUGAGAUUGUGCUGCCAGAGGAGUACCAAACAAGUGCUGACUUAACAGUGAAGGUAAAGGAUAACAAGCUUAAAAAUCCUCCAAUGAAAUGCGGCAACUUUUUAAUAUUGAAUGAAGAUAACUUAAUUGCGCCUGGAACUAGUCGCACAAUUCAAAUGCAGUUUUACGCCAGCGGGCCUGGGAUGUUCAGAGAAACCAUUAACUUUAUAAUAAGUGAUACGUGCCCUGCUGAAGCUUGUGGAGUGCCACUCAGGCUUGUCGGCAUUGGAGCCAUGCCAACUUUAGAUUUUUGGAACACUGAAAACACGUUCCGAGAACAUUUGAUUGUGAAAAGCCUGUCGGAUUAUAAAGUACCAGAGACGUCUCCGCAUUGCGUUUUUGUGGAAAAUUCAGUCACUCUGCACUUUUUCUGCGUGAACGUGAAUACAACGUUCACGGGAGCGAUCGACCUUUACAACAAUGGAUUGGUUGCCUGUGCGCUCUCCAUGAAGCUCCUCACCGAACUGAAUGCCGAGGAGGACAUCUUCUCUUUGGAUAAAUAUGAGACACAUAUAGAACCUUUACAACACAAAUGCUUGCGAAUCAUGUUUAGUCCUAAAGCUUUAAAGGAGUAUCGAGCCAUUUUAGAAAUCAAAUUGAAUCUCCUUAACAACCAGCAACAGUCAUUUAGGGUUUGUUUGAUCGGGGAAGGCGUCAUACCGCGUAUAAAAAUGAUUUGGCCCCCGACGAGACAGUACAAAUGCUCACUACUCCAAAUGCCCGUCACUUGCUUGGGCUCCAUCAGCAGUCGCGAAAUUCGUUUUAAGAACAUAUGUUCAGUAAAAAGCACUGUAAUAUUGAACAUACACCAGUCAACAAUCGAGGAAAGGAAUGUAUUUUGGUUAUCAGCGGCAGUUAUUUCAGAAAAGAAUAUUAUUAAAUGUCGCAAAGAUCAAGACGACACGAGAAUCAAGUUAAGAUUGAAACCGGCUGAACUAGCAGGCGUUAUUGUUCAUUACAACCCCGUCAAAAGAGGGAGGACAAGUUGCGAAAUUCAACUAACCAUUGUUGACAACCCUUACGAGUAUUUUACGGUGUUUUGUGAAGCUGAAGGAUUUAUGGAAGACGUAAUAUUGAUUGGACUUGAAAUGUUGUCGAUGGAUGUUGACUUGGGGGCAAUACAGAAUCUUACAGACACGGAGUCAACUGUCUCGACCAUCGAUAGCAAAAAGAGAGCUGCAAAGAGAAAAGACACUAAAUCCAGUGAAACGAAAAAAACGAGGUCGUUUACCAGCUCGGUGGCCAUUAGAAACGAGCCGGCUUGCCUGAAAUAUAUUUUAGACUUCGGAGGGUGUGAAUUGAGUUACAUACAAAAAAGAUCAGUCAUCAUGGUUAAUAACUCAGAUAAAGUUUACAAAUUUAAAUGGGAAGAAGUCCAAAACUUGUUUGUUAAACCAUCACUAGGAUACAUUUCACCGGCAGAAGAAAAGGACUUAGAAAUUGUGUUUUUCUCGAGUCAACCUGUAGCCGUAAAAAAGGAACUUAUGUUCUGUAAUUUAUCGGCUGUCAGCGACAAUUCCCUAACUCUGGACAUUAAGGGGCCCACGUGGGACAGCAGGCAAACGGUCACCACGUUUGAACAUAAUUGUGAAACGUCUGUAGCUGAAAGAGCUGAGCGAGUUUUGAAUGAACAGGUCAUUGAAUCUCCUCAGGCACCGAUGGGUACUAUUAAAAUGAUAAUAAUGUAUUCUGUUACGACAGAAUAUACUAAAUAUACACACAAUUUGAAGGAGGAAGUUUCACUAAAAGAUACGUUUAUAUACCAGACAAGAGAAUUCGAUUUUAAAGUGACAAACAGUGGUAAAGUGCCGAUGAAAAUUACGUGGACUUUCCAAAUUGACGAAGAUUUCCCUACGACAAUCGACAAAAACUUAAAUAAAAAGCAAGGUGAGGACAAUAAGGACAGUGCGGAUGGCAAGGAACGCCAAGAAGCAGACGCUUCUAAUACUAAAGACUCCAGCAAAGAGACUUUGUUUAGUGAAAGUUUGGAGAGAUGCAGUGUAGACACCUGGUUCGAAGUCAAUUUACCCUUCAAAAUAGAACCAGCCAAGGAAUGCCUCCAGCCCUCGGAAAGUGGAGUUUUCACAGUUACGUUUUCACCUCUUGAUGCUUUCGAGUACAAAGUUUUACUAAAAAGUUCGAUUGAUAAUUUAGAUCCAGAUGAUCAGAAUAUGUUCUGCAAAAUAGUAGCAAAGUCCUUGGUGCCAUAUUGCCAUCUGGAUAUAGAAGAGAGCGAUUACCUAACAUCCGGAAGGAGAAAAGAGACAGGAGUUGCUUUGCCACAACACAUCACUGUUAUAGAAUUCAAUGUGCUGGGAUCAGGGUGCUAUAAAAAGUCUUUCAAUGUUAUAAAUCCUACAAGUGAAGCAUAUGAGUUCACAUUCGAAAUGAUGUCUGACAAGAUAGAGCUCUUACCUUUCCACUGCAACACGAUGAAAGGAUACGUGGAAGGCGGUACCUCUUGUGAGGUUACAUUUACCUUCGCUCCCAGUGCACCAGGGGUUUAUGAAUCUCAGUGGAAAUUUUCGAUACAGCAACACAAUAUAUGUAUUAACUUACUGGUGGUUGGCUUGGUUAGAGAGCCCAAUGUAGUAUUUGUGCCCACCAUUUUAAUAGUACGGAACUCUUUGGUGGGCUUCAGUAUCACUGACACUGUGAUGUUGACGAACAAUGAGGAAGAAACCCUAAAAUUCGAGUUUAAGGGUAACUCGCUGUUGAAUGAGUCCGGCAAAACACCCGUGAUUAUGGAGCCGGAGAGUGGAAUAUUGAAGCCUCGUUCGGCGGCGCCGAUCAAAUUUAUUUACACCCCAGUUGAUGAUGGUCCCUUGUCGUUCAAGAUAUUUUGUGCCAUCACUUACAUGACCAAGUAUUUGACGUUGUGCGUCAAUGCUCUAAGUCUCUCAAUAAGACCAAAAGUAACCUACUUUUUAAUCGGCAACGAGCAUGUACUUGAUAGCAAAGCUAUUACAAAUAUACAUUUGGAUCAGACCGCUUCAACAUACACAAGAACGUUGACGUUUAUGAUAACGAACGAGGGUUCAUCGACGUUCUUCUACGAGUGGGGCUACAACAGCUCGGCGGUUAAGAAGUACCUGACAGUAGUGGUUGAGCCGCGAGCGGGGCACGUGGCGCCCGCCAGCCAGGCGGAGUGUACCCUGAGCUUUACUCUCAAAACUGUGCCAGUGCAAGCUUUUCCUGUGACGCUCUACAUUGUGGACGGACCGGAAUACAGUAUACUCCUCCACUCAGAAAUAGAAAAACCAAUGUACCAUUUCUCCUGCAAGGAUUUCGAUUUUGGAAAAUGCAUAAUCAACGCACCGGACAACACGUACAAGAAAACCGUGGCUUUUGUGAACGAUGACAAAGUUCCUAUUCUCCUUGCCUUGGAUUUUGAAACUCUGCCUGAGCUCCUCGUGGACUACAAGCCAGUGCCUGCAAUCCAGCCCAAGGAGCAGGUUAAAGUGAAAAUAUUUUUUCGUCCGAAACAACCGACGGAGUAUGAUUUCCAAAUAAAAUUUUGGGUUAAUUCACUCUGCGAAGAAAUCGUUACUGUUAAAGGAGAAGGUGUAAAGUGCCUUUUCGAUUUAUUCGAAGGGUGCGAAAAGAGUUUCGACAUGGGGCCAGUAAAAGUGGGCUCUAAGAUAGUUCGUCAGAUAGAGGUGAUGAACCACAGCAAAGUGGCCAUAGACGCCAGUUUUAUAUUCAAGGAGAUGUACCCCGUGGUAGAGGACACGCUUCAGUCAGAGGCGACGAGCGUAUGUCUCGAUCCCGGUGAUACUGGUCCUGUGACCGACCAGGGACCUUCGAGAACUCAAAUGGUGAAAAAUUACAACGAUGACAAGAUCCGAAAUCAAAUCGCGAUGGAUAUUCAAAAUGCACUGUCGUCAUUAAAGGUCAUCCCUAAAGAAUGCAAGAUACUGCCUUACAGAAAAAUCCCAUUGAAGAUUCAAUUUAAACCUGUUGGCAUGAUCAGCGAUUUGAACGUUCAGCUGAACAUGAGAGUGCUAAACAUCGAGCGGCCGCUAGUGCGGUUGAGCGGCAGCGCAACCGGCAUGAGUCUGUGUCUCAGCCAGGACUCGCUGCAGUUCGGCCGCGUGCGCAUUCGCGGUUGCAAGAUACUAAAGGUCAUGUUACUGAAUAAAGGGGACUUCGGGGCCAGAUUUUGGUGGCAACCCUUGAUGUCUGACGAGUUUACAAUUUCGCCGAUGCAAGGCCACAUCGCGGCACACACUAACGUGACCUACACGAUUACCUACCGGCCAAAAAGCCACAAUCCGUUUGUCAAAUUAUGGGCUAGCUGCAAUAUCGAGAACUACAAGUCACAGGAGCUAGCCCUGUAUGCCGCCUGCUUGGACGUGGGCGACGUGGCGGCCAAGACCGUGUUCAUGGAGUGUCCGGUGCGAGAGGUCCAGACUAGUUACGUGCCGGUUACGAACCCAACCGAUGGGACAUGGCUGGUGCUAUCGGAGAUGCCUCCCGGACCAUUCUCCACGUUAGCCCAGUGUAACGUCGAACCUAACUCAGUAUUCGACAUCCCGAUCUAUUUCAAGCCGAAAAUUAUGGGAAGACACGAGAACGAAUUGUUAUAUACUAAUUUGGGAGAAGGCGCACUUUUCAUAAGUCUACUUGGCAUAGCGCUGCCGCCGAAUCCUAACGGACUAAUAACCAUCAACGUGGCUGCCAAGGAUGUUCACACGGAGCUUUUGAAGGUUCAUCAUAUCACCGAGUCCCCAGAAUCAUACGUAGUGUCGACGGAGGUAGUGAAGGUGAUCCCCGAUAAGUUCGACGCUUUCUACGAGAUUAAGCACCCGGAGACCGUAAAAGUGUGGGGCGAAACGUGUGCCACGUGCCGCUGGGAUUACGCGUGCUAUGGCGAGUGUGAGAUGCACAUGAAAGUGGUGUUCGUACACAAGGAAACACGCGAGUACCAGUUCUACGAGAUCGUGGCGACUGUCACCCCAAGCGAGAUCGUAGACACGCUGACGUUGACGUCACGGGCGCGCGAAACAGUUCAGCGGGAGAUAAUUGUGCACAACCCGUUAGCCGUAACGGUUACCUUCUUCGUGCGCUGCCAGCAACUGGACUGUCCUAGCACCAUUGAAAUAGGAAGGCAAUCACAGGCGCCACUCGUAAUGUCCUACUCGCCAUUGGUAGUAGGCGAAAGCGAGGAGUACUUGGAGGUUUACAACAAUUUCGUCGGAACAUACAUGUACAAGAUGAUACUGAAGUGCUUGCCGGCCAAAGCGAAGGAGCUAGAGGUAGACACACCGAUCGGCACGCGGGUCCCGAUGAGGCUUCGAGUCCAGAACAGGAGUCCCGUCAAAGCGGUCUUCACAAGCGCAGUCACCCAUCCCUCAAUCACGACUGACAAAGAGUAUUUCCUCGGUCCGUUCGAAAAGGGCAAGUUCCUCGUGUGGUUCGAACCGACCGAAGUUGGGGUUCAGCAAUGCACGGUUUCGUUUGAUUCGCCGGACGCCGGAGAAUUCGUAUAUCACAUAAAGGGAACGGCAAAAGUACCAAAGCCCCAGGGGCCAUUUGAAGUCAAGGCAGGUGGUUUCGCAGCGAUAACAUUCAAAAACGUAUUUAUGGACAACAGAACGUUUAAGAUAUCUAUCGAUAAACAGGAAUUUUACGUUAAAAAUCCUGUCGAAAUAAUACAAUCUAAAAAGGAAACGAAGGUGUUAGUGUACCUGAGCGACAAGUGGGUGGGCGGCGCGCCGACCGGCUGCCUCAGCAUCGAGAGCCUCGAGCCGCCGGAGCCGCGCGCCCAGUGGACUUACUUCCUGCAAGGAAUCCCGUGACUUUUCUAUUGUUUAUUUACUUUCCUAUCGUUAUUAUUUCUUUAUGUUAUAAAUAUAUUUUAGCACGUU